AUGGCGGCGCUUAGGUACCAUGUGGUCCCCGGCGGUGGCGAAAGCAGUGACAGCGAUGAUGGAUGGGACAUGGGUGAUUUUCGGGAAGCUAAUCCGCUUGUCGAAAGCAGGGAAGAGACGUUAAAGAAAGCUCUGACGGCUGGAAAUGUGAAAUUAGUAGAAGAACUGUUAGAUUCAGGGUUGAGUGUUGAAUGUUGCUUUCGGUUUGGCUGGACUCCAUUAAUGUUCGCUGCCAGCGUUGCCAAUUUGGAAAUGGUGCGUGUUCUUCUCGAUAAAGGUGCAAAUGCAAGUUUUGAAAGAGAUAAGUUUACAGUCCUGAUGUCAGCAUGUGCUGCGUAUGCUCCAGAGGAAAGUAUAAUGAAGUGUGUGGAAUUGCUUUUGUCAAGAAAUGCCGACCCAAACGUUGCAUGCAGGAAACAAAUGACCCCGCUAAUGUUUGCUGCCAGAGAAGGCCACUCUCAGGUGGUUGCCCUCCUUUUUGCUCGUGGAGCUGACAUCAAUGCUCAAGAUGAGAAUGGCUAUACAGGACUGUCAUGGGCAGCUCAUGGUGGACGGAAGAGUACUGUGUUGAAGAUGCUGGAAUUAGGAGCUGACAAAAACCUAGCAACCAAGAACGGAAAUACAGCGGCGGACAUCGCAAAAACACAUAAUCAUCUAGAGAUUUUUAGCAUCCUCUCAUUCUCAGCAAAUAUGAAUCAAGGAAAGCAUAAUUUGAGCAAAGAGGAGUCCAUUUACCGAUACUUAAAAACUCAGCCUGAAGCCGUAACAAAUUGUACAAAUAAUUAUUCAGCAUCUAGUGAUCUGGAAGUAUUUUUGCAUGGCUUGGGUCUUGAACACCUCACCGAUUUAUUUAAGGCAAAUGAUUUAACCUUGAGACAGUUUUUAACUUUAGAGGAAGAUGAGUUUAAAAAAGCUGGGAUUGUGGAUUUAGCAGAUUAUGAAAAAAUCAUUGCAGCUGUAAAAGAAAUACAAGUGGAAGAAACAAAGAUCGAGGAGUCGCCUAACAUCUUGAAAAUGGAAUCCAGCGGCGAUGAGCUGUUUACUUUCCUCCUGAAGCUGAAUCGACAGUGUAGUUGCCUUACUCAUAUGGUACAAUCUAUAAAUGAUCAAAUACCCCUGAAUCCUCAUAAGAUAGUCUUAGAGUGGGACUCUACCCAGAAUAUUUCAGCCAUUUGUGGAGAUUUGGUUUCAAGUGUUGCUGAUCUCAACAAAGAGGUGUGCAGGCUACAAUCCCUUUUGCAAAAGUUUGAGCAAGGCCAAAAGGACUCUUGUUGCCGCGUUCCACCUCUGGAAGAACAGCCCGGUUGGAGGAGAUGUAGAAUAGCUGCAGUCGCAGUGCUAAGUUUGGGUUUCAUCGUUUCUAUUAUUAAGAUAACUGCUCUAUGGGAGAGCAAAGUUUGAUCAUUCUGCGAAGAGCAGACGCUUUAUUUGCACAAUGUAUAAUCGUUAAAUGCACACUUGUUUUCUUCCGCUUGUUUACUGCACUGUUGCAAUAAACCAAGUGUACAUUUAAACAUAGCGCUCAAUGUGUUUUCAAUAGUUGCAGAUACUUAUUGUAUUUUUAUGUACAAUACUGAACUAAACAUAUGUUUCUUU